AUGUCUACCGAUAAAUCCAAACCCUACAUCCCCCUAGCCGGCGGCGCAAAUGACGGUUGGUCUGAAGGGCAGCAAGCGACAGCUACAUGCUACUGCGGCGCCAUACAACUUGCUUUCCCAACCGAAGGUCCCGGCCUAAUUGACACAUUCCUCUGCCACUGUACAGACUGCCGCAAAAUCACCGCCUCGAUGUUCGCCUCCAAUUUCAUAAUUGCAGACUCCCAUCUGAGACACCUACGCGGUCGCGAGAAUCUCACAUCCUACGGUCAGUCUGGGACAAUCGGUUCCGGCAAGAAAAUGACCAUCUUCUUCUGUUCAACUUGUGGCUCGCUCAUGUAUCGCGUCGGCGAGGCAUUCCCGGGACAUAGUAUUCUUCGUCUUGGAACAGUGGAUGAUUUCAACUUACAUGAGACUAAAUUGAGGCCGAGGAUUGAGCAGUUUACGAAGGAUCGGGUUGGGUGGUUACGUCACGUGGAGGGUGUUGGGCAGGUUGCGGGGACGGCGUAUAGUCCGAAAAGAGAGCCUGAGAGUUCACUUUGA